AUGACUGAUAAAAAAGUAAAUGAGCAGUUGGGCUCAUCGAUGGAAAACCUAUCAUUAGAUUCUAAAAAAACGUCUUCUGAACCACAGCUUCAAACACAGGCGCAAUCUCCCCCGGUUUCAGCACAUGCACAAUUGAGCAGUGACAUUCAAGCGAGGGUGUUGGCCUUUCAACAGAAAAGGACAAAAGCGGCUGGAGAAGCAUCAACGUGUGUCGAAAAAGAUCAGAAAGAUUCAAACUUCACCAAGCCUUUACCUCCGUUGCCGAGUAACCCACGAGCACGAAAUCUGGUUCCAAAUAUUGACUAUCCCAUGCAUCCAAAUGCAACAAUCGGUUCCUCUUCUGGUAGAAGUAAUUCUGCUGCGUCACCGAUGGUUGGUAGGUUACCAGAUCAUGUAUCUCCUAAGCAGCAGAAUCAACAAAGCGACCUCAAAAAACGUCCCUCUUUGUCCCAGAGACGUGGUAUGAAAUUGAAUAUGAGCGAUAUGACAAGUCCCUCUGAGUCUAAUGCGGGCUCCCCCAAGGUAUCAGGAUCGCCAACAAAUUCAAAUGAGGAUCCAACACAGCAUUUAUACAGCACAGGCGACUUGGCCCGUACUUUGUCCGAAAGGAAGAAAAAGCCAAACUUCAAGUUGAACUUAAGCGAUCAAUCAGAUUCGCUGUCAAGGUCAACAUCCUUUUCUUCGGCGACAUCUUCAUCUUCCCCAAACCCAAAUCAGAAGAACCAACUUCAAGGGUUAUUUGCAAAUUAUUCGAAAUAUGUUGAUAUAAAAUCGGGCUCGCUUAACUUUGCUGGAAAGGCGUCAUUACAUUCUAAAGGUGUUGACUUUCUGUCUGGGUCACUGUUCCGGAUAUCAUUAGAUGAACUUGAGUUUUUGGAUGAAUUAGGACAUGGUAAUUAUGGAACCGUCCUGAAAGUUUUGCAUAAGCCUACGGGUGUUUUGAUGGCGAUGAAGGAAGUGAGACUCGAAUUAGAUGAAAAUAAGUUCACACAAAUUCUCAUGGAGCUUGAAAUUUUGCACAAAUGUGAUUCACCAUAUAUUGUUGACUUUUAUGGAGCAUUUUUCGUAGAAGGUGCGGUUUAUAUGUGUAUGGAAUAUAUGGAUGGUGGAUCAUUAGACAAAAUAUAUGAUGAAGACCAUGGCUUGAAAGAUGAACCGUGUUUAGCAUACAUAUCAGAAUGUGUCAUCCGUGGAUUGAAACAAUUAAAAGAUCAACAUAAUAUUAUUCAUCGUGACGUCAAGCCGACUAACAUUUUAGUCAAUACCAAUGGAAAAGUCAAGCUAUGCGAUUUCGGCGUUAGCGGUAAUCUUGUUGCCUCCCUAGCUCGAACAAAUAUUGGAUGCCAGUCUUAUAUGGCUCCUGAGAGAAUCAAGUCUUUAAAUCCUGAUGAUAGUACCUAUUCGGUUCAAUCAGACAUUUGGUCUCUUGGUUUAACAAUUUUGGAAGUCGCUGCAGGUCAUUAUCCUUACCCCGCGGAAACAUAUGGCAAUAUCUUUUCUCAACUUAGUGCCAUAGUUGAUGGUGAGCCACCUAAGCUUGAUCCAAAGAUAUUUUCUAAGGAAGCUCAGUUGUUCGUGAAAUCAUGUCUUAACAAAAAUCCAAAUUUGAGACCAUCUUAUGGUACUUUGUUGAACCAUCCAUGGCUUCAGAAAUACAGAGAUGUUGACCCCCAUAUGGACAGGUUUGUGACCGAGAGGGUUCAUGAGAUGGAAGAACUUAAGGCACAAAGGGGCCUUUCGAGAUCUAAUAGCACAAAUGCACCACAACCUUCUCGAGUCAAGAAUAUUGACAAUGCUCGUACUCUAUUGAAGAAGAAAGUGAAAGCUCCUCCUUUACAUAGAGGAGGACUAAUGAACUCAAGAAAUCCGAACAUGAGAUAG